AUGACGUGGGCAGUUCGCCUCCAUUCCAUCACCGCCGUUCCGGCCACGUUUCUCGAAGAGCUAGGUUACGAGGGUUUGGAGACCGAAAUCUCUGGACAUUGUGAUGAUUCUCGUCGUUCGCUCCCCGAUUGCGACUGGCUGAAAGACUGGCAGUUCUAUUUCGCGGAACGAGCUUUCGGGCACACCGCCCAAAGACAAUCACGACAUACAGAGACACCGUCAAUUGCAUUAUACACAACUGGUCGACAAAACCAAUGGAUUUAUGUCGGUUUGUUGCUAACUAUGCGGAGCAGCACUGGCGUCGGAAAUAGGCUGUGCACUUGGUCCGCAGCUCCGGUGCAGACAGUUCUUGGGGUUAACAAAGCCAUCUCCAAUUGCCAAGAAUGGGCAAACCCGCGCUGGAAAGGCAAUCAUAGCUUAUUGGUGAAUAACUGCCCUGCAAGAACGCGCGGACCCGGUGACGUCACCAGCUUCGCCGUUAGGAAAAAUCGAAUUCACUUCAACCAUGGUAACCUGUCGCACCACAAUCGGCCUACCACCAUAAACCAACACCAUCAUCCACACUCCACACCUGUCCAGAGAAACAUGUCGCUCGCUGGAAGAGUCAUCAUCAUUACGGGAGGCUCCAAUGGCAUUGGCAAGGCUUGUGUUGAGAGAUUCGGUCGAGACGGCGCCAGUGUUGUCAUCAACUACUACAGCGACGAAGCUGGUGCCAAUGCGCUUGUUUCCUCCAUUGGCAAAGAUCGCGCAGUAGCCGUGAAGGCUGAUGCUGGCACAAUGGAUGGAAUCACAAAACUUAUCGACGAGACAGUGGAGAAGUUCGGUCACAUCGAUGUAGUGAUGGCCAAUGCCGCCAUGAUGAUGAUGCGCAAUGUCGAGAAUACAACCGAAAAGGACUUCGACUCCAUGUUCAACCUGAACGUGAAGGGGCCAUACUUCCUUGCUCAGAAAGCUGUACCUCACAUCCGCGAUGGUGGAAGCAUCAUUUUCGUUUCUACAGGCAUCUGCCACCAUUCACUCGUCUUGCCUGACUACCUUCUUUACGCCUCAACCAAGGGCGCAAUUGAGCAGAUGACGCGUGUGAUGUCGAAGGGCCUGGCUGCGAAGGGCAUUACCGUAAAUGCUGUCGGUCCAGGUCCCACUGCAACCGAACUGUUUUUCAAGGGCAAGAGUGAAGCACAGAUUGAUGCCCUUAAGAAGAUGAGCCCAUUUGGCCGAUUCGGCAAGCCUGCCGAAGUUGCCAAUAUGGUUGCCUUCUUGGCUGGCCCCGAUAGCCGAUGGGUCUCGGGGCAAACAUACUUGGUCAAUGGAGGCACCAUGGUUUGA